AUGCCCAGGUCAUGUUUUCAGGAUUUCCCUCAGAUGAAACGGAUGUGGUCUUCUUGUCAAACAUCAACACCUGACCCGCCAACACCUGACCCGCCAACACCUGACCCGCCAACACCUGACCCGCCAACACCUGACCCGCCAACACCUGACCCGCCAACACCUGACCCGCCAACACCUGACCCGCCAACACCUGACCCGCCAACACCGCCAACACCUGACCCGCCAACAUCGCCAACACCUGACCCGCCAACACCUGACCCGCCAACACCUGACCCGCCAACACCUGACCCGCCAACACCUGACCCGCCAACACCGCCAACACCUGACCCGCCAACAUCGCCAACACCUGACCCGCCAACACCUGACCCGCCAACAUCUGACCCGCCAACACCUGACCCGCCAACACCUGACCCGCCAACACCUGACCCGCCAACAUCACCAACACCUGACCCGCCAACACCUGACCCGCCAACAUCACCAACACCUGACCCGCCAACACCUGACCCGCCAACAUCACCAACACCUGACCCGCCAACAUCGCCAACACCUGACCCGCCAACAUCACCAACACCUGACCCGCCAACAUCACCAACACCUGACCCGCCAACAUCACCAACACCUGACCCCCCAAAUACUGCUUAA